AUGGCUUCACUUGUGCCUCUACCACCGUUUGCGCCAGCCUCUGAAUCAUGGGACUCCUACCUCGCUCGGUUCGACUGCUACCUCCAAGCCAACGAGCUGACAGAAAUAUCAAAGGAGCGGAAGCAGGGCCUAUUCCUCAGCCUCUGUGGGCCUGAGGUGUUUGAGACGGCCCGAGCAUUGGUUGCGACUGAAGCAGUCCAGGCAACACCAUGGGACACGAUUCAAGAGAAGCUCCGCAACCACUAUGCGCCAAAGCCGUCCAAGAUUGCUGCCCGCCAUGCAUUCUACCACCGGAACCAGUCAGAGGGGGAGUCAAUUAACAACUACACUGCUGCCCUCCAACAGGCUGCAAUUCACUGUGAGUUCCGAGACUUAGACGAUGCCCUGAUAGAUCGAAUUGUCUGUGGGGUCCGGGACAUCCGUCUGCAACAGCGUCUCCUCGCCAAGCCAGACCUCACGCUGCAGAAAGCCAUUGAGGAGGCCGUGGCCUCGGAAGCUGCCGAAUGCUCUGCCCAGGAAAUCCGCAAGGCCAGCAGCCCGCAUCUUGCUAGGAAGCCAGUUCCAGUGCAUCAUGAAGAGGCCAGCAGUGAUGAGGCAUCCUCCAGUGAAGACGAUGACGUGCACCAGACAAAGCGGGAGUGCAGGAAGUUCCAACAGAAGUCCAAGGGCCAAUCGGAAUGUGCCGGCUGUGGAGGCAACCAUUCCCGUGCGCAUCGGCGCUGUCCUUAGUCACCGUUUUCCAGACAGAAGAGAAGCACCGCUCGCCUACUUUUCCAGGACGCUAUCUCUGACUGAAUGGAAUUACAGCCAGCUCGACAAGGAGGCACUGGCACUUGUGGCUGGAGUGAAGAGGUUCCAUGAAUACCUCUACGACAGAACUUUUGACCUCAUCACCGACCACAAGCCACUCCUGGGCCUUCUCGCCGGUGAUCGUCCAACUCCACUGGUCCUCUUGCUGCGCAUGCUGCGAUGGACUGUUUUCCUGGCUGCCUAUCACUACCGGCUCGUCCAUCGCCCGGGAAAAUUGAUGGGCCAUGCCAACGCCCUCAGCCAUUGCCCUCUUCCAGCGUUUGUGGAAGACCCGGCUCCUGCUUCAUCGUUCCUCCUGAUUGAGGAUCUUCCGGCAGCGCCUGUAUCGGCUGCCACUGUGGCCUCCGCAUCUGCUCAGGAUCGCACCAUCGGCCGUGUGCUCAACUGGGUGUGGAGGGGGUGGCCACAAGGGCCUUUUGCAUUGGAGUUCCAGCCCUUCGCAACCAGACAACAUGAACUCUCGGCUCAUCGCGGCUGUCUGCUGUGGGGAGACCGUGUCGUGAUUCCCCAAAGACUCCGUCAACGUGUCCUUGAGGCUCUGCACGUUGGCCACCCAGGAAUCGUCAAAAUGAAGGCAUUGGCUCGGUGUUACAUCUGGUGGCCUAACAUGGACGAUGCCAUCACUACCUGGGUUUCCGCCUGUCAAGCGUGCCAAGAAUCAAGGCCUGCGCCACCGGCAGCUAAGGGACACACCUGGGAGAUGCCCAAGACACCCUGGUCGAGGGUGCACAUCGAUCUGGCUGGCCCCUUUCAUGGCUGGACCUUUAUGGUAGUGGUGGACGCCUAUUCCAAAUGGCUGGAGGUGGCCCUGAUGCCCUCCACCACUACUGAGGCCAUCAUCCGGGUGCUGCGAGGCCUCUUUGUGACGCAUGGGUGUCCUGAUGUCCUUGUCUCCGACAACGGACCACAGCUCACGCCAGGCACUUUUGAGCAGUACCUUUUGGGACUGGGCAUCCGCCAUGCCCUAACGGCACCAUUUCAUCGAUCCAGCAAUGGGCAAGCAGAGAGAAUGGUGCGCUUGGCAAAAGAGGCACUGGCGCACCUGGACCGGGGAAACUGGCAUGAGCGGGUCGCCGAAUACUUGUUCGUACAACACAUCACCCCUCAUGUGGCCACAGGGCGGAGUCCUGCCAAACUGCUUAUGGGCCGCCGCCGCAGGUCCCCGCUCGACCAGCUGCACCCAGACUUUGCCGUGGCCAAACCCCCAGGCUGUGCCAAUGCGCCAUGGUCAUUUGUUCCAGGAAACCAGGUCUUUGCCCGGAACUUUGUGGGGGAUAUUCCUUGGGUGCCAGCCACAGUUGUGGGAGUCACUGGACCUCGCUCGAACCAGGUGGCACUCAAAGACGGACGCUUGUGGCGUCGGCACAUAGACCAGUUUAGGCGCAGGGUUGGGGACUUGGACACUACUGUGGUGCCCCCAACUGCACUCAUGGCUCCAGAACAGACACUUACAGAUGGUGAGGCUCCACCUACACCUCUCUCGCAAACUGCUGGCAUGGAGCUGAACCAAGCCACUUCAGAGGGUCUGCUGGACUUACCACAGACUCAGACCACUGCCGUGCCUGACAUUCCGCCAACUCCACUUGCGGAGGUUCCACCCACAGCAGCGGAUCCAGGGGACUUGGUUUCAACACCACCUAGGGUUGCACCACAGCCUCAGCAAGAAUUGGGUGCCCCCCCGGACUUGGCUACCAGUCCCCGGCGGUCUGGCAGAGUUUCCAAGCACCCAACUUAUUUAAAGGACUAUGUUGUUGGACAUGUAACACUGUUAGUCUAA